CUGUGCCUGAACAGCAGGUUCUGGAUCGUAGUUUCUGAUCAGCUYGCUGCUCCAGGACAGAGCAGGUAAGCAGAUGACAUUUUGCAAACCAAGCAGAAGUAGGUUCGUGCAGAGCUGCGAGCUGGAGAUGGAGCUCCGCAUCAAGACUGGAUAGGUGGUUUAUGGAGUGAGGUGAUCCGAUACCAGUUUAACUCCUUUAAUGUGUCAAACCUGUGAGCAGAUGUGGCGCUGGAGGGAUGCAGAGACUUCACACUGAGGCUGAUUAUCUGACACACUGAACAGUACAUUGAAGACUGGUGGUACAAAAAAUAAAAUGGUGGGGCUGAGAAACCGCUCAACGUGGGAGCCACUGCUACUAAAGUCCUCCUUCAUCAAGUCAUGUGCCAACGGCUGCUCACUGGGCAUCACCGCAAACCUUACGUAUGCCAACGCUGACACCGAGUCUGUAGAAGGCGUGUUUGUGUACCCUCUCCGGGAGAAGGAGGUUGUGGUGGACUUCAAGGCUGUGAUUGCGGGCCGGCUGGUGGGUGUGCAUAUCCAGAGCCGAGGGAAGUUGAAGGACUGCUGUUUGGACUGCUGCCCYGGACCUGGUCUCGAAGGAUACAGUGGGAAUAGCCAGGAGUGGGGCUGCUGUGGGAUGCCCAAUCUGGACAUGCAGUGCAGCAAUGGACAYCUCAUCCUGGAUGAAGACCUUGAAAGAACCACCUUCAUUGUGGGCUGCGGAGUCAUCGCCCCCAUGGAUAUAGUGUCUGUCAUUAUCAGCACCACCCUUGAACUCCCCACAUUAGAAAAUGGAGCGAUCCGAAUCAUCUAUCCAGCACUGCUUACUCCUGUAGUCAGUGGCCAGUUGACUUCGAGCAAAAGUGAAAAUGGAGGGAAAUCUGAGGAAACUGGGGCAACAAGCUGUUUUGGUGCCACCUCAGGAAAACAGGACCGAGCCAUGGACUCGGAGCAGCAGUGCUCUCAUGCAGUCUUUAAAAACCCUGCUGCCAACCUGGCACCUUAUGAACUCAGCUUCCAGCUGCUGGUCAGAGCAGCCUGUCUGCUUGCAGGACUGGAGAGCCCAACUCACGCUUUGAGAGCAGAUGCAGAUCCCAGUGCCCAAAGUGCCUCUGCUACCUACAUCACCUUGGCUCAGGAGCAUCCAUACGACCGACACAUUGAGAUCAUUUUGCACCUCAGUGAACCUCACAGCCCAUUGGUCAUCUUAGAGAAAGGCCGACUCUCCUUCAGUCAGUACGAGCAGCAAAUCUGUUCCCGCCGUGACUUUGUCCGCUACACCCGCAAAGAUUCAGAUCCAGAGAGAAAGGUGGAGUAUGUUAGGAGGAGGUACCACAAAGACAUCCUCUGCAGCCCCGUCCUGAUGCUCAACUUCUGCCCUGACUUACUGUCUGAACCUCUGGAGCUGCACAAAGCCACUAGAGAGCUGCUGUUCCUCAUCGAUCGCAGUGGCAGCAUGAGCGGCAACAACAUCCAUCGUGUAAAGGAAGCCAUGGUGGUGGCCCUGAAGAGCCUACCUUCUGGUACAGUGCUAAAUAUCGUGGGCUUUGGGACCACCAUCAAACCUCUGUUCAACUCCAGCAAGCUCUGCACUGAUGUGACGCUGAUGCAGGCCUGCGAGUACAUCCAGAGGAUGAGAGCGGACAUGCGAGGCACCAACCUGCUGGCGGCUCUGUCUUGGCUCUACCAGCAGCCCAUGCAGCGCUCGUACCCUCGUCAGGUCUUCAUCAUCACAGACGGGUCCAUUGGCAGUGUGGCCCAGGUGCUGGAGCUGGUGCGCAGAAACACAUGCGCCGGCAGAUGUUUUGGCCUGGGCCUUGGUCCUCGAGCCUGCAGGAGACUCCUGCAGGGAGUUGCCAAACUGACCGGAGGGAUGACAGAGUUCUUGGAUGAGGAGGAGAGACUCCAGCCCAAGCUCAUCAAAUCAUUGAAAAAGGCCUUUGAACCUGUCCUGACAGAUGUUCGUAUCAACUGGUACCUGCCCGAGAACAUGGAGGCUCUUCUUUCACCCAAUGAAAUCCCUCCUCUCUAUCCUGGUGAUUGUUUGACUGGCUAUUGCACUCUCUACGACACGACCACRUUCAAAGCAAAGAAGACAGAGUUGGAAGGACGGGAUCGCAGAAGUUUCCACCGUGACUCCAUGGGUUCAGUUUUCGGUCAGUCGAACGAUGAGCUCUCUCCCCCUCCUGCCUCGGAGCUCAUGCCUGUGGUGGCGUGUGCCGAUGCAACGGACCUGGAGGAGGCUCUGAGGGAAAUUUCCAGGGAAAUUUCUUCUGAGUUCUCCUGCGCCAGAGACAUCGACCCCGGCCCCAGCCCAGGCGUGGAGCUGGACUGGUCCAGUGAUGUAAGGAGGAGGAUCCAGGAGAGCUCUUACAUUCAGGAGCAGUACGUCCUCACCCACUGCUCACUGAGCAGCGAGCGAAGUCUCCAAACCCACUCCCACUCCCACAUCCACGCCUCAAACUCGGACUCUGCAGGUGGCGUGUUUCUUUCGGAGUCCCAUUCCCCUGGUCCCGUGUUGGAAACAGGGUCCCUGCCACAAGGUCUUGAGAAGAUGCCCCAACCAGAACCAUCAUCUUUAUCUCGAUGGGCUGACCCAGAAUGGCAGCAAAACCUUUCAGCCGUGACGUCUAACAAAGCAGCCAAAAAGGAUGGGCGGCCGGAUGGAGGAGAGGAGUCUCGUAGGAGACAGAAAGCUCUGGCUCGUUCAACUAUGGCAGCGAGGAGUUUCUCCUCACCCCAGGGUGAGCUAGAGAUGCAUCGCCUGAGGAGAGCUCUGGAGAGGGUCUCCUUUGACCAGACCCUGGGAGGGAGGCUGGACGAAAGCGAUGGAGAAACAAAGCCUCCGUCACAAGAGACGGUGUCCCGCAGAAGCCUCACUGACUCCAAUGGACUCCUGUUUCCAGCUUCUCCUCUGGACUGGGACAGCCUCACAGACCCAGAGUAUCUCUUCACCGCCAUCUCGCCUGAAGAGCCCCAUCCAGGUCAGUGUCGCUCCCACAUUCACGGCCUGCUGAGCGGCAGGCCCGUGUCCUGGGAGGUCACUGUGGACCUGGGGCACCUUUGGACCCCUGAGGGUUCAACUACGGGGGUCGACGAAUGUGGAGUUGGCGUGGAAGAUGGAGAAAAGCCAUGGGAGGAGAUCAUUCACCAACUGACUGCUCGCUCUGUCAUAAGAGACUUUGAGAAACUCGCAGAAAAAGAGAGCGACACUGGACACAGUUCAUCCAAACGAUACCGCAUGAAGGCCAUUCAGACAAGUAAGCACUGUAACAUCAUAUGUAUGUACACAGCCUUCACCACCACUGAUGGCAACAUGAGCAAAGGCCUUUCAGACAACAUGGACAUCCUCAGCACAGGGAUUCAUUUGGGCAACAGGCAAACCUCUCAGUCAGGCGGUCGCAGACAGAGGGCUUACUCUGUUGGUUUGGGCCGACGGAGGUCCAGCAGAGACUACGAGGAGGUCAAGGAUACCUGGAAAUCUACAGAUGUAGGUGGCAGCGGCUCCUGCACCAUGGCCCCUGUAACAUCAACCCAGUCCUGCAACUGUUCUCAGCGAUCUAUAGAGAGCAAGUCCCUGGAGAGCUUCUUUGGUACCAGGUUCCCACUGGGACGACUCAGGUCCUCUAUCUCAUCAGGGAAACAGGUUCCUCUCAAGUCUCACUGUUUAUCUGCAGAGACAGACAAACAAGCUAAAAGUGAAGCUCCAGACUACCUGCCCCUGGUGCACCUGCAACUGGCCUCAGGAGCCUUUUUACUGACYGAGGUCUACUCAGACUGCGUCCAGAUCCCCCUGGACCGCCUUAAAAGAGCCUCACCUUACAGCCUUCAUCGCCGCAGUCUCAGCCCAGCUUUCCGCUGUACGUCUCCCAGCGCUCCCUCUUUAUCCACCUCUGCCAAGCCUCCUGCUGGUCACCACGUUACCUUCUCUCCAUCUUCGUCCUCCAUUGCCAAAGCGUCUGCCCCUCCUUUCCACCACACCCCAGUCGACAACCCCCUGAUGCUGGAGCUGAGGCUCGUGCGAAGACACCUGUCUGACCGAGACCCCGUCACCUCGCCCCCCGACCUCCUCAGCUCGGAGGAGGGCUCCUUGGAGCUGUCCGUGGGCCCCGCUCAGAGCCUGGGCCAAGCGGACAGCGGUCGGGGCUCAGAGACGGACAUAUGCGAGGGCUCCUCGGCAGAGCCGGGCGACCUUCAGGGCGGCAGCCAGCUGGCUCAGGAGGACCUGGAGGGCUCGACCUGGGCCACGGCCGUGGCUCUGGCCUGGCUGGAGCACCGGUGCGCCGGGUUCUUCAUGGAGUGGGAACUAGUGGCGGCAAAAGCAGACUUCUGGCUGCGCGGUCAGAAGCUGCCGGAGGGGGUGGACCUGGCAGGGCUCAGAGGAGCAGCCAGGCAGCUGUUUCUGCUGCUGCGUCACUGGGACGAGAACAUCAAACUCAACAUGCUCUGCUAUAACCCCAAUAACAUGUGAGACCGUAGAAACUGAGCCAGACUUACUGAUUUACAGACAGAUUCCAAAUAACAAUGCUGUAUUUUAACUAACUUUAAACCAGUGCCAAGUCAAUUCUAAUUUUAUACAACAUAGACCAAGUGGCCUUUUAUUAUUAGAGCUAUGCUGUAUGCAAACACAAGAAUGCCUUGACCAUCUGAAUAAGCUUUUUGUAGCUCAGAAUGUAGCCUGUAUUGUAAUAAUGUAUACUAUGCCAAAAGUAGAACCAUAGUGAAGGAUCAGAUUGUUUAUUUAGUAUAAUAAUGGAAGAACUGCUUACAUAAUAAAAUGAUUGUGGAAACAAAACCUGCUGGAAGCCAAUUUGACUACUUGUCAAAGUUAAGUGGUGUCUAUGCUUACUAAUAAACAAAGACUGAAAACUAAUCCUCAAAGCAGAUAUUUAACCCAUUACUGUUCAAUAAUAUUUAAAAAAAAGCCUUCUAAACUUAAGGGAUCACUACAAUCACUCAGCUCCUCUAAAAAUAUACAUAUAUAUAUAUUUAAAAUGUUAAAAA